CGCCCCCAAGCCAGCUGCAGAAGCGGCCGCCACCUCCAAAGCACAAGGUGUCUCCUCUGAAAAGAAACCUAAGCCCCAGGGAGGCGGCGCGGACGACCCUGGCAGAGCUGGCGCAAACCGGGCGAGAGGGCGCUGGGCAGCGCUCGAGGGCAAGAGGGAGCUCGGCCACAGAAGACCCCAGCGACCUGAUCCUGGGAUCCCGGCUCCAGGCUCUCCUCGCAUUUUACAGGUUUCCCCCCCGCGACUAUCUCCCCAAAACGGAGCCUUUAUAUCAAGAGAAGGUGCGGGAGCUGGGGCAACCAGGACUUUCCCGGGCACCCAAGAUGCGCUCCAUUAGGAAGAGGUGGACGAUCUGCACAAUAAGUCUGCUCCUGAUAUUUUAUAAGACAAAAGAAAUAGCAAGAACUGAGGAGCACCAGGAGACGCAACUCAUCGGAGAUGGUGAAUUGUCUUUGAGUCGGUCACUUGUCAAUAGCUCUGAUAAAAUCAUUCGAAAGGCUGGCUCUUCAAUCUUUCAGCACAAUGUAGAAGGUUGGAAAAUCAAUUCCUCUUUGGUCCUAGAGAUAAGGAAGAAUAUACUUCGUUUCUUAGAUGCAGAACGAGAUGUCUCAGUGGUCAAGAGCAGUUUUAAGCCUGGUGAUGUCAUACACUAUGUGCUUGACAGGCGCCGGACAUUAAAUAUUUCUCAUGAUCUACAUAGCCUUCUACCUGAAGUUUCACCAAUGAAGAAUCGCAGAUUUAAGACCUGUGCAGUUGUUGGAAAUUCUGGCAUUCUGCUAGAUAGUGAAUGUGGAAAGGAGAUUGACAGUCACAAUUUUGUAAUAAGGUGCAAUCUAGCUCCUGUGGUGGAGUUUGCUGCAGAUGUGGGAACUAAAUCAGAUUUUAUUACCAUGAAUCCAUCAGUUGUACAAAGAGCAUUUGGAGGCUUUCGAAAUGAGAGUGACAGAGAAAAAUUUGUGCAUAGACUUUCCAUGCUGAAUGACAGUGUCCUUUGGAUUCCUGCUUUCAUGGUUAAAGGAGGAGAGAAGCACGUGGAGUGGGUUAAUGCAUUAAUCCUUAAGAAUAAACUGAAAGUGCGAACUGCCUAUCCAUCACUGAGACUUAUUCAUGCUGUCAGAGGCUACUGGCUGACCAACAAAGUUCCUAUCAAAAGACCCAGCACAGGUCUCCUCAUGUAUACACUUGCCACAAGAUUCUGUGAUGAAAUUCACCUGUAUGGAUUCUGGCCAUUUCCUAAGGAUUUGAAUGGAAAAGCUGUCAAAUAUCAUUACUAUGAUGACUUAAAAUAUAGGUACUUUUCUAAUGCAAGCCCUCACAGAAUGCCAUUGGAAUUCAAAACAUUAAAUGUGCUACAUAAUAGAGGAGCUCUAAAACUGACAACAGGAAAGUGUGUAAAGCAAUAAAGUACAUUUUGAAACAUACAGACAAUAUGCACUUCUUUUCUGAAGAUGCUUCUGAAGAUUUGAAAAUAGGAUCCAAAACACGGCUGGGUUUCAGCAUCCACCAAUUAACUGAAAGGUUGAUAAAGGACAUUCAUGAGAAAUUUACUACCAGCUGAUGAAAUACCUGCAAAGUGCUCUAAAAAUUAAAUAUUUUGACUUCAAGGGUCCUAGUAAGUGCCACUUCCACUAAGAAUACAGUUUGAAUGUAUAAUCAGUAGUGUUUACAAGAUCCAACAGUGCACUCAUCAUUAGUUAGCAAAGUAAAUAGGUUCAUCACUGUCAGGCUGCCCACAGCAACGCCAAGCACAUUAGAAGAGAAACCCCAGGAACACAACUCAGUCCUUGGGAAAUUAAACCAUCCUUGUCAUCAGAAAUCAAGAUGGAAGCAAUUUGAGCAAUGAAAUCCAUAAGAUUAAACAACUCAAGUAAAUGCCUUCAGUCAGGACUCUGAGUCUGAAUUUUAUGUUCAAAUUUAUGUUUUUGUUUGUCUUCUGGAAUCUCUUUUGGUUUGGGUAUUGGGGUGCAUAGAAAUCCUUUCUGAGAUACAUAUGAAUGAGGAAAAUAAACUUUACGUAAUUAUUUUUAAAUUUCUUAUAUUUUUUGGAAAUCUAUCACACAAAGACUUAAAAAAAAAUGUUUUAUUUUUCACAACUCUAAACCUCCAUAUUAUUUUCCAAUGGUGUAGAAGGUACCAGCUAAACUUGUAAUAUUAGUGUGCCACUAUGUAAUAUUAGGCCAUUCUAAAGAAAAGAUGUUCCAUGUCAUCUGAGAUGGUAAAAUAGGUAGAAGAAAAAAGAUCUUUGGUACCAAAGAUUAUACUUGUGUUUCUACACAGCAAACCAUUUUUCUUUAAUGAAAAUAAUAUAUGAUUAACAUGAAUAUAUUAUUUUGCUAUUAAUGUGAAAGUUGUCUCUAAAUAUUUUUAAAUUUCCAAACUCACACUUUAUUUUCAUUUGAAAUGUCUUCCACAUGUUUUACAUUACGUAAUAAUUUUGUGGAAGCAUUUUGCCCUUUAGAAUAAAUAUCUGAUUGAUAUAGAGAAAUGUGACUUCCAGUUCUUUGAUAUUUCCCUUGUUAUUCAAAUGGAAAUAUGGGAAUGCUCUAUACAUUACUGUUAAAUUUCUUAGUGAAGAAAUAUAAAUUUUAAUAGAGUAUUGUUUUCAAAGCAAAGAUGAUUAAUUUCAAUAGGUUUAACAAGAAAAUUGUGUGUCAAUAUUUUGCACUUAAAAUGAAUUUAAUUGACCAAUAUAUUCUGCAGUUAAACUUAGUCAUAAUAUCACAUGUCUUUUUCAAGAAACACGUGAAAUUAUUAACAAAGUAAUUUUAAAAAUUUAAUGUAUAACAGAGUUGACUAAUAGGCCAGUUUUCUGGUAACUUAUACUAUGAUAGUAGAUUGUUUCUUUAGAAAGCAGAAGCACUGCAUUCUCACUUCUACUUUGAUUUCUUAUUUCUUGGGGAGACAAUUUGAGGAAAGAAGAAAUGGCAUGGAGAAUAUAUAUGUUUUGUUUCUUAGGGAAAACAGUCUGAGAAAUGAAUAAAUAAAAACCAUGAAG